UAUUCAGCGGGCAGCGCGGUGCGGGCAGUCAACACCCAACACCCACAGCCUCGACAGUGCCCACAGUGCAAGGAUGGGGAUGCUGCGAACCGUGCUGCUGGCCGAGACCGUGCUGGUGCUGCUGGUGCUGCUGCCUCAGGCCAGGGCCGCCGUAUCUUUAGGCGAAGCCAAUCAUCCAGACUACCCGGGCCAGUGCUACAUCGAGGGGAGCGGUGCUGUGAAGGAAGGUCACACCUGGAACUUGCCCAACUGCGUACAGGUCGCCUGCGGCAAGCAAUCAGAGAACAACAUGUUUGUCUAUACAUUUUCGUGUGGCGUCCGAAUACCGGCGCCAGGCUGCAUCAUCCACAGGGACGAGUCGGCCCCUUACCCAGACUGUUGUGGCGAUCAAUUCUGCCCUAAUUAGCGGCCCAGCCAACAUGACCCUGCCCAGCCUACACCGUCCUGCCGACCUAGUGUGACCUUAUCGACCUCAAUCACGUUAUCCUACCUGACUUGGUCUAGAUUAUUUGUUCAAGGUGAAACACUGCGUUGACUGAUGAUUACUUUUCGAAUUGGAGAUGGUUUGGAAUAUAACAAAAUUACAUCGACCGUCUUAUCAUCCAGCCUCAGCCAGCCAACCCUAUCCUAACCUAACCUGAUCUAACACACACGAUUAGGAUCUUCAGGCCCGCUUGUUUGUCCACUAUGUAUGCAUAUUUUUUGUCUUAUUCAGAUGCUUUGAGAUUAAAUUACAUGACAAUAGCA